CGCUGCAGGACAGGAACUUAGACUAUCAAAGCUUUGCACCCUACCGGUGCUCAAUGUGUGUAACACAGAAGAAGCCACCGGAGUAGCCGUAAGUUAAUAAUGAGCAGUGGAGACCUCAGAUUUACUCAGUAUACCAGCAUUGUUUUCCAAUGGGCUGACAUAAAAGUACAAAAAUGUUGUUGAAGGAUUUACCCCGGGAUGCCCUGUUGCGACCUCUGACCCGAAAUGAGGUGGUGGGGAUGGUGGUGCGUCUGACCAUAUUUGGGGCGGCUACCUAUUUCAGUAUCAAAUGGGUGGUAGAAGCACUGGACCCUACCCACAAACAGAAGCUUCAAGCAAAGAAAAGGGCAGAGCAGCUGUUAAAACAGAUUGGGGUGGAAGGGGUCAAGUUGACAGAAUAUGAGAUGAACAUUGCUUCACACCUGGUAGAUCCACGCAGUAUGAAGGUGUCCUGGAGGGACAUCGCCGGACUGGAUGAAGUCAUUACUGAGCUGCAGGACACAGUCAUCCUGCCCUUCCAGAAACGCCACCUGUUCACCGGCUCCAAGUUAUUCCAGCCUCCCAAAGGGGUGCUUUUGUAUGGGCCACCAGGCUGCGGGAAAACCCUGAUCGCCAAGGCAACUGCCAAGGCCUCCGGGUGCCAGUUCAUCAACCUGCAGGCCUCCACAUUGACGGACAAGUGGUACGGCGAAUCGCAGAAAUUCACCGCCGCUGUCUUUUCCUUGGCCGUAAAGAUCCAGCCCUGCAUCAUCUUCAUAGAUGAGAUUGACUCGUUCCUGCGGAACCGCUCCAGUAUGGACCACGAGGCUACGGCCAUGAUGAAGGCCCAGUUCAUGAGCCUGUGGGACGGGUUGGACACUGGCACAGACAGUCAGGUGAUGGUAAUGGGAGCCACAAACAGACCUCAGGAUGUGGACCCGGCGAUAAUGCGAAGGAUGCCCACCACGUUUCACGUUAGCCUGCCAAGCCAAAAACAAAGACAGGACAUCCUGAAGCUGAUUCUGGCAGGAGAGAAUCUGAGCAACGGCAUCAACCUGAGGGAGAUCGCGGAGCGGACGGAGGGCUACUCGGGCAGCGACCUCCGGGAGCUGUGCCGCGACGCCGCCAUGUACCGCGUGCGCGACUACGUGCGCAAGCAGCAGAUGAAGCAGAUUGCGCAGCAGCUGCAGGAGUCCGACGAGGACGAGAGGCCGGUGGAUGAGGACCGGUUGAGGCCCGUCACACAGCUGGACCUGCUGUUCGGCCUGGACAAGAUGACGGAGUCCAAGCAGGCCACCGUGUGCCACAGCUCCCUGAAGGAGGUGCCCCUGGAUUAAAGCCCCCUCCUCAGCCUGCCAGUCCCACCCUCCCCCCUAGCACUACCCCUGGAACCCACGGCCAGACGCCAGUGACAUCAGCACGAAGGGAUUGAGCUGCAUUCUGUUUUCCAAAGAGGCAAGCCGUCUGCUGUGGGAAAGCGGGGUCACUCUGUUUGCGUCUCGUCACUGGUACUGUGGAAUGCACUGGGAAGGAAUUGCCACACGUGGAAAUGCAUCACUGCACAGACCCAUGAUUUUUGACUUGAAAGGUUUGAUAGAAAGCUUGUCCAGAUUUAUUGCUGGCAAACAUAAUUUGCAAGAUAACUGCAGGGAUGGAAAAUGUUAUUUUUUAUUUGCACCGUAAUCUGCUUAUGAUAAUUUUAUGCAGGCCUUUUAUAUGCGAGUGUGUGUGCGCGUCUGUGGAUGUGUGUGUAUAUAUGUGUGUGUGUGUGCGCGCGCGCGUGCGUGUGUGCAUGUGCAUAUGUACACAGACACAUACACAAUCGGCACUCAUUGCUGCGAAUCUUGGGAGAGCUAGACAAACAUUGAGCUCUCCUCCAAAACUCCCAGUGUCAGCCAAUGCUUCUUAUCGCACCCCACUUUUCAAGUCAACAGGCGGACUUGUUUUCAACCGAUCGGCCAAUUGGGAUCACUGGAGAGCACUGACACACUUCAGUCCCUGCCAGUUGAAACCCUCUUAUGCCCGGGCAACACUAGAACCGACUGUACGUCAGCCAGGCACAGUCAGCAUUGGAAUGUUCCAGAUUUUCUACCAGUCCGUGGGGUCCAUUUAAUGCAUGAUAACAGUAGAUGAGCUACCCAGCAGCCAGAUUUAUAAAAACUAUUUAUAAAAACUGUUUUAAUUUCUUUGGACAGUAUCCAAUGCUGUCACAUAGAGACUGCAAAAGGAAAACAACUAUGAAAGUAUAAAAUCAUUUGUUAGCUGCAGUCUUUUAAAUACUCUGUCAAGUUUAGGUAUUUUACGUUUUCUGUUAUCAGGUGAUAUUUACGUACUGUAUUUUUUCCCUCUCAGCAUUGCUGAAUCCAGUUCAUUUUUGGCAAUCUUUUAAAAAAUCUGACCCGUUACAGUGUGAUGAUUAGUCAUGUAUUUAUUUUCUGUGUAUUGUGUUGUUUGGCCUCGAUAAUGGAAAAUGAUUCAGGCCUCAUGGUUUAUCCUCAUAUUUAGUGUCAACAUAUUUAUGAACUAGCUAUAUUAUUAAUAUUUUCCACUCAUGAGUGCCAUUUCAUGACACUUCAAGAAAAGAAAAAACUUCUACCAAGUUAGCCGAGCCAAGUAGCAUGCUGAAUUAAGUUUUUGCUCUGCAUAUAGCAGAGUGGCUAGCUAACCAAUUAUUUACAUUUUGUACACAAGCGGUUCAGUGUCAAUGUGACUGAACCGAUCCCCAUAGUUAAUUUAUGAAAAGUGCUGCUUCUGCAUGUUCCAUUGGUGUAAGGAACACACCGAACCAAUUGGCUGACACAGAACAGUAGCACAGUGCUUUCUAGCUGCUGCAGUGAGGGAAUUCAUUAUUUUCUUACCGUAGGUGGUUCUGCGAGAUGGGUGGAAAUGCAAGAAAUUACACCAUUUCACGCUCAUGGGUGGGCAGCGUGUUUAUUGCAUUUUGCAUUUUGCUCGUAUUAUGACCUGGAUCUUGGAUUGCAAUGCCACGCCGUCUUUUCCCGUCCCUGUAACAGGAUGACGCUGUUUUUCACUGUGCUUGCCUGCUUUCAGGCCCAGUGAACUCAGGUUUGUCCUUCACAGUCCCCACGCGUAAUUACAUUUCAAAACAUUUAGGACCAAGUUGCAGCAAAGACAGAGAAGAAUCCUGGAACCUGUAAUUGUGCUGCUGUUGACAUACUCCUCAUUGUGUGCAAUACUUCACAGAAAGGCCGCCAGACCUCGUUCAGCAGCACAUCAAGGUGGGGUGAUGAUGUCAUAAUGGCUAAAGAGGGGGCAUAUACCAGAAACUACUCUGAUAUCAAUUGGUAUCAUAAACAAGUUUUCAAGUAAUAAGCAAUAUUUGAUAGAUGAGUAAUUCCUUUUGACUACUUGUAUAUUUAACUAAUAUUGCACUAUUUUAAAUUAUGUAAAAAUGUAUGUUGUUUUUUUGUUUUGUUUUUCCUUUGGCUUCAAAGAAUUGAAUGUUUCAUCAGCAGUCAAAACUUGCUUGAACUGUUAAACCACGACUUAAGACAAACACAUCUUGAACAGUUAUCUGCAUGCCUUAGUGUUAGACUAUAAAUUGAGUGUUGUGCUGUUGCAUUGAAGGCCAAAGCUACGGGUAACAUAGCUAACAAGGGAGUCACUUUCUUUUUCACGAAUGUAAAUCCAGUCUGUGUGAAUGUACUUUUGCUGUCUCCUUCAGUGAUCAGUCAUCUCAUUUUAUGUGUAAUAUUUGUACCAUGUUGUUCUUAGAUCUGGCAAGGGCAUAUCAUUGAUUGAGUCUGAAAGUGUUUCUGUUUCUGUCUAUUAGUUCUGUUACAGAACCUGGUGGUUGAUCUUUUAGGAGGUUGGAUUGGGCUUUGUUCUUUCCUACACUAAGCACAGAUUGUUUCUGAUGGGGCAUUCAACUGAGUAUAUGGUGAUUUAUGGAAUGACACUACAAACCUGUGUUUUCUUUUUUUAAUGUGGUUACCCUAGUCCUUUCAGAAAAUAAAACCCGGUGGAAAGUA